CGGGUGUGCGGGUGCUCUCUUCCUCCUGAGGCGUGGAGGCGGGCAGGUCGGGCUUGAUAUCUUCCGACAUGGCGCUUGCUGGGUCUGGCUUUACAUCCUCGGUCUUGGGGAUUACGAGACACAUACUUGGGCUUUCGCUCGAUGGGGUGUGAGACAUGGUGGUGGCGGACAAGGGGGCGGUGCCAGUGUCUCCGUCGACGAUGGGUUGGGUGAUCACAGCUCAGAGGUGCGCACAGUCGCGAAGUAAGACACCGUCGUCCACGAGUAGGUUUGGCUACAGCAGGAGCCAGUCAAGGCCCGCUAGCGUGCGUGCAACAGUGUGAAGCACUUCAAGGAGUAUAUAGUCCACCAAUUGACUGGGGCGAGCGCGCAGCGUCGCGCGCCUCGGCAAUCCGAAAAGUUUCGCGCCGUCCGCGGGUCAGGCAAAUGGCCCCUCCCUCCUCCGCGAAAAAGCGCAAGCGCGACGUCAACGACGAUGGCGGCGCCGCAGAUGGGAAAAUAUCCCUGACGCUCUCCUCUCAGCCAAGUUCGAGCGUGGGCCCUGUCCUGGCCAACUUCCCCUCCGUCAAGCCCUCGAAAACUACAUCGUUCAAAUGCUACAAACUAUCUCACGGGACAUCCAAGAGCAAAACAGAGGACGAAGAGGAUACAUCAUUCGCGGAGAUGCCCACGUUGAUCGCCGGGGAGACCGAUGCGGUUGAGUUCUUCUCCUCAGACGAGACCCGACAGGCAUCGUCUGGCAGCAGAUACUAUGUCGCCGUGCAUCGCAAAAGCACAGGAACCACUACCCUUCGCCCCGUACCCUUGCACCUCCUCACACAGCGGGUUAAAGCUCUUAAGAGCAUACAACCUGCGCCUGUAUCCGCGUUGCAGCGACUCGAGGCACGCGCCGCUCUCGGCGAAACGUUCGGGACCAAGAAAGCACAGGCCGCGAUCCGGGCACAAGAGCGGAACAAGGUCGAUGUCUCAGCCAUGCGUGAUGUUGCUGGCUAUCUCCAAGAUAGUAUUGCGGCCAAUACGCAGUCCCUGCCGACGCAGGAAGAGGCCAAGGCGUCCGCAGACAGCGCGAGACUGGUGCCCAAGUACAACGCCGAUGCACUCACUCCGCAAGACAUCUACCCCUUGCAUAACAUUAUACCGGAGGCGGAGUGGAAGUCCAUCUCUGUUAGUUCCAUGACGGCUGCUAAGACCCAGUCGGAACGCACGAGCUUGCUGCCGUUCAGGCGUUCGAACUGGAUAAACCAGCACCUGAACCAGGCGUUUGCGGCUCCUUCCCCGAACAAGACAGUCCUACGGACCCUCUUCUAUAUCUCCACGCUACUUGCUUUCAGGCAGGCAGCCUUCCGGAGCGUCGACAGGAGUGCUAUUCAGGAGAAGUUCCCUCAGGUCCCGAGCAUCAUCAUAGACGGGAUCAUAUCCCGAUUUACUGAGAGCGGUAGAGAUGCGACGAAACUACAGUCGACAACGCGCUCCGAGACGCUGCUGCUCGCGCACACUUUUGCCCUCUGCCUCCGCGUCGACGACUUCGCGUCGGACACGACGCUCAUUGCUUCUGACCUCCAAAAACCAGUUACGACGAUCAACCAGCUCUUUAAGUCGCUAGGUUGCACCAUCAACAAACUUACUCAGUCGGACCUCAAACGUCUGGGUUUGCCUGACUCGGCUGCCGAGACCAAAAGAGCAGUGCUCAGUGCUCCGCUGGAGUUCCCAAAGCAGAGGAUGAAGCGUCGGGCGUAACAUUCCCGCUCUACCCUAGAUCAUGUAUUGAAGAGCCUCAUUGGUCCUUGCCAGCCGUUGCAAAUUAUAUUGUUUGCUUGCUUGCUUACUCCCUC